AUGUUAUUGUAUUUCAGAUAAGAUGACAAUCAAAUACGGUGUCAUAUGUAUUCUUCCACUCUUGUUCGUUUCUGCUUACGCAGGUCCUGGAAUAGCUGAGCCAAAGGGUCCUGGAAUAGCUGAGCAAAAGGGUCCUGGAAUGGCUGAACCAAAGGGUCCUGGAAUGGCUGAACCAAAGGGUCCUGGAAUGGCUGAGCCAACGGGUCCUGGAAUGGCUGAGCCAACGGGUCCUGGAAUGGCUGAGCCAAAGGGUCCUGGAACAGCUGAGAUAAAAGGUCCUGCAACAGCUGAGACGAAUUUUCCUGGAAAAUGGGAGCUAGUAACUCCUAAUUCUGGUAUCUCGGCAAUGCAUCUGAUCUUGCUCCCAAAAGUUAACAAGGCUUUGAUGUAUGAUGCCACUGUUUGGAGGAUAUCAAAUAUUACAUUGCCUCCUGAGAAGAUGCCUUGCCGUAUUGCUAACCCGGCCACCGGUGAACAAGACUGUUGGGCACAUUCAGUCUUGCUUGAUUAUGAAACAGGCCAACUGACGGCACUCAAGAUUGUGAGCGAUACAUGGUGCUCAUCUGGAGGCCUCACGGUGCAAGGAGACUUUGUGGGCACCGGUGGUUUUAGAGACGGAGCAAACACCGUGAGAUUUCUCGACUCAUGUGAAAAAUGCGAUUGGAGGGAAUACCCAAAAGCACUUGCACAACCCAGAUGGUACGCAACACAAGUAACUUUACCUGAUGCUUCCGCCGUGGUGUUUGGUGGCCGUGGUGUUUAUGAUUACGAAUUCAUUCCAGCGGAAAAACAAACCAACAAGGAUGCCAUUUUCCUCCCCUUGCUCAAAGACACCCAUGAUAGGUUGCCUAAUAUGAACCCACCACUACCAGACGAUUCACUUGAAAAUAAUUUAUACCCUUUUGUCCACCUUGCCCCCGAUGGCAAUCUCUUCAUUUUUGCCAACAAUCGUGGUAUCUUGCUGAAUCCAAAGACAAAUCAAGUCGUCCGUGAUUAUCCAAUUCUUCCAGGAGGAGCCCGUAAUUACCCAGCAUCAGGAAUGUCCGUUCUCCUCCCGUUACAACUUGAACUAAAGCAGAAUUUGGUCAAUGCCGAAGUAUUGAUUUGUGGUGGUGCACCUCGAGAUUCAUUUUAUUAUGCAGAGAAGCAAAAGAAAUUUUUGCCUGCGUUACAAGAUUGUGGAAGAUUACAAAUCAUGCAACCCAAUCCAGUUUGGGCGAUAGAGAAAAUGCCAGCUCCACGUGUUAUGGGCGAUAUGAUGAUUCUUCCAAGUGGAGACGUGUUAAUGCUCAAUGGCGCAAAAACGGGCACAUCAGCAUGGAAUGAUGCCGAAGAACCUUAUAUGGCUCCAGUUUUAUAUAAGACUACAGCACCAGAAGGCUUAAGAUUUAAGGAAUUAGCACCUUCAAACAUUGCAAGAAUGUAUCAUUCUGUAGCUGGAGUUUUACCAGAUGGAAAAGUUCUGGUAGCAGGAAGCAACACUCACGAUGGAUAUGAAUAUAAUGCCAAAUACCCCACAGAGCUUAGGGUUGAGAAAUUUUCUCCCCCUUACUUGGAUCCAGCAUUGUGUCCUUUCAGGCCAGCAAUACUGAUUGAACUUUCUGACAAAGUGCUUGCUUAUGGCCGACAUUUCUCAGUUAAGGUUAAGUGUGAUGAAAAAAUACUUAACAAGGAAAAUCUCAAAGUGACAAUGUAUGCUCCACCUUUCACCACACAUGGUAUCUCAAUGAGUCAAAGACUGGUUAUCUUGCCUAUCGUGGAACUAACAAACAAUGUUUCUCCUGGAGUUCACAACGUCGUGGCUGGGGCACCCAUGGCUGGCACAUUGGCUCCUGCGGGAUAUUAUCUUCUUUCUGUCGUUAACAAAGGAGUGCCAAGCGUUUCCAUGUGGGUUCAGAUUAAGUAGAGCAGAUUCGAGCUACUGAUGAAAAUUAUAUGUUUCCUUAUAAAUCUUUAUGCUUUCAUUUCAUAAAUUCACUGAGCCAUGAUUCCUUCGGAAUCCCCUACGGUUGUUUUACCAGAUUUUUUAAAUAGUAGAUUAAGAAUGGAUCCUAGUAAGUGUUUA